AUGGCGGAGCGGACGAGAGCCAGCAGAGAACCCGCAGACGAGCACCAACCCCCGCGCAACGAGAGAAUGACCGAAAAGAUACCACGACAGCAGCACUCGCUUGGAAUCCAGAGGAUCUCAAUGGCUUCUGACUUUGAGAGCAGCAUCUCCCGACCCUUCGCUCCAUUUGGACACCCAUGGUCAGAUGAUGAGACAACCACCACUGUCACUGCUCCUGAGUUCCCAGAAUUCACCUCUAAAGUGCUGGAGGCCAUAAACGCCCUGGGUGGGCGCGUCUUUCCCAAACUCAACUGGAGUGCUCCACGGGAUGCCAACUGGAUCGCUCUGAACAGUUCUCUGCAGUGUCACAGCCUCAGUGAUAUAUUUCUGCUCUUCAAAAGCUCAGACUUCAUCACCCACGACCUCACGCAGCCAUUCCUUGUAUGUAGUGACCAGGACUCCCCAGAUCCAGUCAUAAACUAUGAGCUGGUCCUGAGGAAGUGGAGCGAGCUGAUUCCCGGCGGAGAGUUUCGCUGCUUUGUCAAAGAAAACAAGCUGAUCGCUAUCUCCCAGAGAGACUACACUCAGUAUUACCAGCACAUCUUAAAGCAGGAGGAGCAGAUCUGUCAGGCCAUACAGGAAUUCUUCAGCCAGCACAUCCAGUACAAAUUCCUGGACGAAGACUUUGUGUUUGAUGUCUACAGAGAUAGCCAGGGGAGGGUGUGGCUGAUAGACCUGAACCCGUUCGGAGAGGUGACCGACUCGCUGCUGUUCAGCUGGGAGGAGCUGAGGUCCGGUGGGGAAAUCACCCAGCAGCAGGAAGGCCCGGCGUUUCGCUACACCAACAGCGAAGUGACGGUUCAGCCCAGUCCCUGUCUGAGCUACAGAAUCCCACGGGACUUUGUUGACCUCUCAACCGGAGAAGACGCCUACAAACUCAUCGACUUCCUCAAACUGAAGAAAAGCCAACAGGAAGAGGAGGAAGAGGAGGAGGAGAACGCUGCACAGUGACACGGCUCCUCUGAAACCUGGAGCACAGCUGCUAGUGUCAACUGCCCUCUGUAUAAUGUUUUCUGCAUGAAGUGACUCUUAACCCUCUGUCCUGUGUCCAGCUUCUUUUUGAUUUCAGCCUGUUCUCUCUCUCUCUCUCGCUCUCUCUCUCUCUCUCUCACGUCUCUUCUGUGAACGGUGCACGCCGUUCCCGGGGUUUCUUAAAUAGCUUUCUGGUGUUCGUCUAAUAGAACAUGUUAAAUUAGCAGAUGAUGUUAACGGCUCUUUGAGGAUUCAUUUUCUGUUGAUAGUAACUGCUCUGUGAGGGGAGGAGGGGCCCCUGGAGUAUCAACUGGUUGGUUAUUACAGUUGUGGGGGAAUGAUUAGUUGUUGUUUUUUAUGGGGAAAAUUUGUGUUACUGCGAGGGGAUGUAUUCACUGUAAAGAAUGCCUGCUUUUAUACUUGAUAUUUAAUGAUAGUUAAUGUAUCUUUAUUGCAGCGCUACUAGUGUCUCUGGGUUUAAUAUUCCGUUGUACGUGUGUGUGUGUUAUAAGGCUGUGACAGACUUCUUUAUUUAACACUAAAGCCCUUCAUCACUGAGUCACCUUUAAUUUUUUCUUCCCAGCCAUCCCUGCUCCUCCAUCUCUCCCUGCCAAUUUCCUCUAAGCAGUUUUGACACACUCAUUGCUCCGAGCCGCUCCGGGCGCUCUUUUUGAGUCCUGUUUUUCCCAUCAUGCAUCGCUGUAGACUGUUGCUCCAAAAAACACCAUUAAACUUCUUGUCGUGUA